AUUUGAAGCUUUCCAGAUCAGCUAGCAUGCUGAGGCUUCAGUCAUUGUCCGCCCAACGCAAUAUUUGGUUAAAACAAAGCUGUACAAAAAAAAGAAAAGAAAGCAACAAUGACACUCACACCGCUCGUUUACUGGGCUCAACGCCAUGAAGACAUUUACCUGCGAGUAGAGCUGACAGACGCUCAGAAUAUUGACGUCUGUGUACAUGAAAACGUCCUUCAGUUUAGAGCCCAGGGUCAUGGUGCUAAAGGACAAAAUGAGUAUGAGUUCAGCCUGGAGUUUGUUUUGCCAGUAAAGCCAGAGGUGAGCCACAGGUCCACACAACGACAGGUGAAUAUUACAGUGCGGAAAGAACAGCGUGGCUGGUGGGAAAGACUGACCAAACAGGAGCGCAAGCCAGUCUUCCUGGCACCUGACUUUGAUCGCUGGCUGGACGAGUCAGACGCAGAGAUGGAAAUCCGGGAAAAGGAGGAGAAAAGGAACAGACUGAAGGCUUCAAGGCAUACAGAGGAUGACUUUGUCAGCCUAAAAACUGGAUUUUUAUUUAUAUAUAACCUGGUGCAGUUUCUUGGCUUCUCGUGGAUCUUUGUCAACAUGACUGUGCGGCUCUAUAUCUUUGGCCAAGAUUCCCUCUAUGACACAUUUCACACCAUAUCGGAUGUGAUGUUCUUUUGCCAGAUCCUGGCAACAGUAGAGGUCCUCAAUGCUGCUUUUGGUGUUGUCAAGACAGGUGUUUUCCCAACUCUUAUACAGGUGGUUGGAAGGAAUUUUAUCCUCUUCAUCAUUUUCGGUAGCUUGGAGGAAAUGCAUAACAGGCCUGUUGUGUUCUUCGUUUUCUAUUUGUGGAGCGCCAUCGAGAUAUUUAGGUAUCCAUUUUACAUGCUGGGCUGUUUUAAUACAGAGUGGAAAACUCUCACGUGGCUGCGAUACACAAUCUGGAUACCACUGUACCCAUUAGGUGUUUUAGCUGAAGCUGUUGCUGUGAUACAAUCCAUUCCCAUCUUUGAUGAGACCAAACUCUUCACCAUCCGUCUGCCGAAAGCCAUUGGCACUUCUGUCAGCUUCUCUUAUGUCCUGUUCGUGUAUCUUGUUCUCAUGAUUCUGGGCCUUUUUAUCAACUUUCGUCAUCUCUACAAGCAAAGGAAGAGGCGUUUCCGCACCAAGAAGAGGAAAGCAAAUUGAGUUUCAGCAUCAACAACAGCUCAACUCCUCAAACACCUUUACUGCCUGCUCAUUCCUGGGGAAACAUUUUUGAAAUGAUCCUCAUAAUCAACCAUGCUCCACUUAAACAGUUCUCAUUAAGAAGUUUUCUUUUCUGCUGCCUAUUUGCUCUCAAUAAAAUGGUUUCCUUAAUGGUAAACAACAACAUCCUACAGAUGGUGCAAGAUUUCAUUGCUGCACUGACAGUUUAACUCUUAAGAUGAUCUGAUUUCUCUUUCCUGUCAUCAUAAGCAUUUUGUUAAUUGGUAAUGAAAUAAGCCAUAGAACAUGAUUUUUCGUUUCCUUUUCAAUCUUAACUUGUUUUGGGUGUACUUGUUUUAAGCUGUAAAAAAAACCUUGUAUUUUCUGCUAAAUGAAUUGCAACAAGCACUGAAUCCCCUGCUGGUGUCAGUUGCAAUUGUGCGAAUGAAGAAAGUGACAAUAUUCUCAACAAAUACUGUAUUUGUGAUCAUUCCAGAUUUCUUAACUGUCCCACAAGCCUCAGGGAAAAUUAUACUAGUGACUGCUGAAGGGAGAGCACUUUUUUGUCCCUUAUGCUCAGUAACAACCUGUUAUGAAUUAAUUCAUUUGUGUCACUUCCUCACUGCUUUUUUUCAUCAUUUUGACCUGAAAUGCCAACAUUUACAGUCAUAUCCCAUGUUUGAUGUAUAUGUAGCAGUUAUUUGAUAAUUAAUAAAAAACAACUUUAAACCUG